AUGGAUUUGGGCACUUUUGGUGAAACAGAACAACAGAAUGGAACGUUAUUGCGUAUGAUGAGAAACGUUGGUAUAAAUGAUGUGGGUGAAUAUGUUCAACAGUAUAAGCAAACAUCGAGAGAAAGUGGAGAUGAACAGUAUUUUGAAGAAGUUAAUCAUCAACAGCACCAAAAUCCGAUCGUUGGCUCAUUUAGUCAUGAGAGUGAGAAGAAUGAUAGCUCACCAAGUAGUGGUAGUCGAUUCGGCAAUCAUUUGAGUAACGCAAAGAAGGUGUAUGAAAUGAUUUCAAAGAAAAGUAAUGAUGGAAAAAGUGGUUCUGGUGGUGGUAAUGCAUUAAGUAAUGCGAAACAAAUGUAUCAGUUGUAUAAAACAUUUGACAAGAACGGUGAUGGAAAAAUCACUGUUGAAGAUGUCCAGUUACUUUUACAAGAAAUAGGAUUUGGUUUUGUUAGCAAACAUUUGGCAAAAGCAUUAUUUGAUCUCGUUGAUUCGAACAGAAAUGGCGUUCUCGAUUUUCAUGAUCUGAUGGCAUUAACGAGCAUCUUGAAAAAAGUGUUGAAUAGCAAAAGUGCUCCAACGUAA